GAUGGCGGUAACUGGGUGGUCAGAGAGAAUGUUACAGCUGGUGCUAAAAAUGAAUGGAUUCCAGAGUGAGGGCUGUUUACCCUUCGUUGUCUGUGGUCAGCGAGUAGGUUGGGUUGUGGAAUCAGUUGCCCAGCACCUCGCUCAGUUCCCUGCUGUAUUCACAUGUCGUGGGGGAACGUCUGCUCGGCUGGAGCUAAAUGAGGGUCUGCAGACCCCCCAAGAGAGAACUCUGGCUGUACAGAACUUGAUGAGAUCCCUGCGGACCCAGAAACGGUUUCCCUGUCUCCAAGAAUGGCGCAAUGAGCUCUACGAUGUCAAGAGUCAGUACUCGGAUCUUCCCUUCCUCAGUAUGGAGCGGGCAGCCACACCACUCCUGGGGGUGCCUCGUUAUGGGGUGCACGUUAAUGGCUACCUGCGUAAAGGAGCUGAAAUGUUCAUGUGGAUUGGACGACGCUCUAAAACAAAACCUUCCUAUCCCGGAAUGCUGGACCAUGUGGCAGCAGGGGGCAUCGCCGCAGGGUCCGGAGUCUGGGAGACGCUGCUGAAGGAGUGCACUGAGGAGGCUUGUAUCCCAGAACCCCUUGCAGCCAGUGCACGGCCUGUAGGCACAGUCAGUUAUGCAUACAGACAGCAGGAGGCCGUGUUCCUGGAGUGUCAGUUUGUGUUUGAUUUAGAGGUUCCAGAAACAUUCAAGCCGAGCGUGGGAGAUGGGGAGGUGCAGGACUUCUACUUGUGGCCUUUGGACAAGGUAAAAGACGCCAUUGCUAGUGAGGUAUUCAAGCCAAACUGUGCACUCGUGAUUUUAGAUUUUCUAAUACGAAAUGGAUUUGUGGAGCCAGAUAAAGAGAAGUUCUAUCAGACCUUCGUUGAGAACCUCCAUGGACACCUGUAAACACCAGCAUGUAUGCUCCUCCUAAGAUGAUGCGUACAAACCUAUACAUGCAGAAGCGUUCUUGGACAGAUAAUUACAUAAGCUGAAAAGACAUGCGUCUAUUAAUUCCUCUUACAUAUGUUUUUGCUGUUGAUUCAAAAGAAGGCAAAACCCCCAGUUGAAAGCACUUUCCAAUUUCCGAUAUCCCCUUGGAGCAAGAAGCUAUUUAUAGCCUUGUAUAUUAUGUUUUUGCAAGCAUGCAUCCAGUUGCUGUUUAAACAUCUGUAUGGACUCUGUUUCAUAGUAAAAAUAAGGAUGUGGUUUUAUCAAAGUCAAUAAACAUCUUUCCUUUGCCUUA